CGAGUGUAUCCCCCUUUUUUUUCCCUUCUUUUUUCUUUCUUUCUCUUUUUCACAUAAGAUGACCACAAAAGAAGGUAGUCCCUCUUCACUUAGUACCGGUUUCUUUAAGACUAGUUUCUUUUCAAACGUGAGUUCAAGUGUCAAUGCUCUUUCUCAAACAAUACAAACAAAAGGCUUACCCGAGAUCAAUAAACGCUUCAAUGAACUACAAGAGCGUGCUCGUAACCUACCUAAUCAACUUGCUAGCCUUCAAGGUGAUCUUGAAACAGAACGUACUUCGUUUCUUGAAAAUAAAAAACUCGAUACCACUGUUCCUCACCAAGCAAAAGGGUCAGAACCUGUUACUCCAUGGAUGGGCUAUCAAGGUUAUGAGAACGAAAUGAAAAAAGCUAUUAUGGACAUUUCAAAGGAUGAGCGUAAUUUCUUGAUUCCACCACCUGAAGAUACCAAUUUCCAAUUUGAUUUAAAUGCUUAUAGUGCAAGUGCUCAAGCUGCUUUAAGAGAAGACAAGGCCUUGUCUCAAUCAAGGUUCUUGCUUGUGCCUCAACAAGUAAGUGAACCUACAUUUUGGAGAAACUAUUUCUAUCGAGUGACUCUUGCUAAACAAGCUGUAUUGAGUCAACCUCCGACACAACAAGAACAAGGCGUCCUGUUUGACUUUAAAGAUGAGGAAUCACUUGAAGAAGAACCUGUGAUUGUGGAAAAGGAAGCCUCUGUUGAAAAAGAAGCUCCUGUCAGAAAAGAAGAACCUGUCAAAAAAGAACCUGUCAAAAAAGAAUCUGUCAAAAAAGAAGAAGUCAACUAUGAAGGCAUGGAAGAUUGGGAGAUUGAAUUAAGAAAGGCCGCUAUUUAG